AUGCGCCAAAAUUAUCUAGGCGCUGAUACAAAGGCAUGUGACACUACUACCGGCGGAGGGGAGGGUUUGGCAACAGUCCUUGAGCUACACACGCCUGACCAACUAGACGCAUUCGCUGGAUGUACGACACUAAACGGCCAUAUUAUCAUUCAAUCUGAGUAUGAUGGUAACUUUAGCCUGAAUAGUGUGACUGCAUUCAAUGGAAAUAUAUCUACAGUUGAUGAAGGCGCGGACUGGUUGACCCUGUUCGAGAUGCGGGAUCUUGAAAAGAUCGACCAUAUCCACCUCCUCGGCACAUCUGGCGAUGUCAGCCUCCCAAAUCUAGAGUCCUUGGGAGAUCUCGAGCUGGUCCAGACUUCGAAUAGUGGAAAUGCUGACCUGGCAUCGUUGGCUGAGGCUGACAAUGUAUCCGUUCAGGGAAGUUGGCUAAGGUAUGAGUACACUCAGCAGGGCUUGGUUUAA